AUGAGACACAGUAACGCCGUAUGGGAAUAUUUUGAGAAAGUCGGUGACACUAAAAAGGCUAUAUGCCGACUUUGUGAUGAAGAGUACAGCUUUAUUAGUACCACUGGAAAUUUAAAGAGUCAUCUGAAAAAGAAACAUGAAGACGCUUAUUUAGAAGUUGAAGAAUCACAAGGACAGGCCAGAUUAUCGAAUGAGUUGAGUGAUGAUGGAAAAGAGAGAGUAAUAUAUGAGUAUGUGGUAGCUCAGAGUCCUACAUCGUCGGUUGACGAGACAGCGAACUCUAUCAAAACUGCAACCAGAAAACGGUCCAGAGAUUCGAAAUUAUUAGCAUCCGAAUACCAGCGCAAAAUCUCACAACACGCAGUAGGCAAAGCAAAAGCAAAAAGGCUGAUUGAAGAGCUGACUGAAGAAAAAAUCUGUGUCGCGCAUUUACAAAGAGAAUUGAUAGAGAAGGAAAUGGAAGAGAAGAAUUUAAAGAUAACGCUGUUACAAGAAGAGAUGAAACACAAAAAAGAAAUGUACGAUUUAGAAAAACAAGAAAUAGAACAUAGAAAAAAAGAAAUGGAACACAAAAAGCAAAUGAAUGAAUUGGAAAAGAGGGAAAUGUUACUCAAAAUUGAAGUUUUAAAAGCUAACCUAAGAAAGAUUAACGAAACUGAUUUACCUUUAAAAUAA